CAUCGACCAUGGACGCGGACCCGCUGUACACCUUCUUCUCGCCCGCCGAGGCCGACGACCCCGACGUGCUCUACACCACGCUCGGCGUGUCCCGCGCGUCGCCGGCCGCGGAGAUCGCGAAAGCGUACCGCCGCGCAGCGCUGCGCUGCCACCCGGACAAACACGCGUCCGCGCCACAGGCGGCGCGCGACGCGCUCACCGCGCAGUUCCAGCGUGUGGGAUUCGCCUUCGCCGUGCUCUCUGACGCGGCGCGGCGCAAGCGGUACGACGCGACGGGGCGGACGGACGAGGUUGCGUUCGGCGACGGCGACGGGGGGUGGGACGCGUAUUUCGCGGAUUUGUUCGACGGCGUCGACCGCAAAGCCCUCGACGAGGAUAAGCGCGUCUAUCAGGGGAGCGCGGAGGAGAUGGCGGACGUGCGCGAGGCGUACGACGAAACGGGCGGCGACUUGGAGGGGAUUAUGGCGCGCAUUCCCCAUUCCACGCUCGAGGACGAGGCGCGCCUCGUAGACGCUGUCAAAGGGGAGAUUGCGGCGGGACGGCUCAAGCUCACGCGCACAUGGACGCGGACGGCCGGCGACAAGGCCGCCGCGAAGAAACGCAUGCGCGCGGCGCUGGCCGAGGCCGCCGAGGCCGAGGAGGAGGCCAAGCGCCUCGGCGUGUGGGACGAGUUCUACGGCUCGGGCGCCAAGGGCAAGCGUGCGCGUGACGAGGGCGAGGAGGGCGAGGAGGGCGGGAAGGCCAAAGGGAAGGGCAAGCCAAGCAAGGACGGCGAGGACGAGGACGGCGCGCUCGCGGCCCUCAUUCGCGGCCGCCAGAAUUCGCGCGCGGCAAACUUUGCCGCGCUCGAGGCCAAGUAUGCUGCUAAGGCGAAGAAGGGGCGGAAGAAGGCCGAGGAACCACACCCCGACGAGCUGGAUGACGACGCGUUCGCCGCGCUCCAGGCCAAGAUGUUUGCCAACAAGGACAAGGGCAAGAAGCGCAAGACGAAGUAGAAUUCUCAGAUGUGGUGUUGUACAAUAGACGCGCAGUUCAUGUACGCCCGGCCCACGGCAGGGCGUUGUGCUUACACUGGAGA